AUGAGCUCUUCCCAAACGUUUGAUCACAUUCGCAUUCUAUCGUACCUAGGUUUACCGGAUGACUACAGCCCAUCCCCCUCGCAAGCUCCCAUCGAGUUUGUAGUCCAACACUUUCACCAACUCCCACCUGAAUUACUCAGGCAUUUUUCCUUCGUCACCACCCCACGGCAACGGUCUACCGUUGCAGCCGUCCGUAAUAGGCGGUUCCGUUUUGCUCUUACGGAUCCACCGGAGUUGCGUUUCACCGCUGCCAGAUCUCAAUGGCCCACUCUCUGGGACGGCCGCGAGCGCCGUGGACAGGAUGAAGGUCGCGAGGAGAAGGAGUGGGUGGAGAAUGCCUUCCUUGGGGGAGGAAGCAAGCCUUACGUAGGCAAGCUCGGCGCUCUUCUAGGCGAUUAUGAGGAAGAGCGCGAGGCCGAACGCGUCCGAGUAAUUCGCAGACAGGAGGCGAUGCACGAGGAGUUCGUCCCCGAAGAAGACGAAAGCUCUGAUGAAGAGGAUGUCUCUACUGUGGAGGAGGAGCCUGAGGCCUCUGGCGACUCACAGGCCCUGUUUCAGCGGCGCAUUCGGGAGCGUUUCAUAUACGGUCUGUUGGAAACGGACUUGUACGAUCAAGUCGACUGGGAGGAGAAAUGGGAUGACAGUGAUCGAGAGACAGAAGACCGCUGGUUUGAUGAGGAAGAUGAGGAGACAUCUCCGAUGUAA